AUGCUUACAAAACAUUAUUUUCAUAUAAUUUCAAUAUCGAAAAAUGUAUCAAAUAAUAUUCAUGUUGGUUUGCCACCUAAUUAUUCAGCACAUCAACAUGUCUGUAUAACAUUGUUUUGGACUAAUCGUCUACGAUGUUUUCAAUUUCCAUUAUCGAUCAUUAAUGCCGUCCGUGAUGCAAUUAAUGCUAGUUGGACAUCAAACGAUUUUUGUCGAUUACUUGACGAUAAUAAUUCGUUUAUUUUCGAAUUGGGAGUACGCCCAUCGCCAACAUUAUUUUUUGCUAUUUCGCGUUAUGAUUUAGAUAAACUUCAAGUGAUAUGUGCCCCACCUGAUGUCAUUCAGAGAAUUCGACAGACAUUUGGUGAAAAUAAUAUUCAACGAGAAGAAUGGUUAAAUGAUGCCAGGACAUGUUAUCGAUUGAAAUUAAGUGGCAAACCAUGGACAAACGACGAAACAGUUUCCAGUCGAAUAAGAUUACUCUCUUUACUCGACUGUUUUACUUCGCUUGAUUGUCAAUUACAUACAGGAAUAUGUAUGAAUGGAGUAAUUGAUAGUGCUGAAGCAGAUACUUGGAUCUUUCGUCGUAAAAUUCAGUAA